AUGCCUCUGCCACCGUUCAGCUCCGUGGCGCCCCGGCCCGAGCAUCUCUUCAUGCCGGCUGUAUCCUAUCAGAUCGAGGCACCGUCCUCCACGGCGGCAGCACCAACGCCGUCACCGCUGCCUCUUCGUCUGGCCCCGGAGACGUCUACAUCACAAUCAUUGACAAAUGGCGGCGAGACCGCCGAGGCGCACAAGCCCUUUCCGGUGCCGAAACUCCGUCUGGAGAUGCGGGACCUGAACCACGCAGGCGCCGGCAUCUUUUUGCAAGCCAUCAACGUCGCCGGCACCCUGCCGACGUGCGUGCAAAACGUGCUGCAAAAGCUGUACAUGUCGCCCGGAGCGGCGGGCGCGCCACACUACUAUCGGCCCCCGCCGACGCGUUCCGUGACGCUCGUGCUCCGCGACAUGGGCGGCGGUGUCGCCUACACGACGGGUUCGGACCUUGACUCCGACCACAAGGAGAUCCACUUCAACCUGGGCUACAUUGCGGGCCUCGCACCUGAGCGCCGCACCGCAGAGAUCACUGGCGUCCUCACCCAUGAGCUGGUCCACUGCUACCAGCACACAGGUUACGGUUCGUGCCCGGGUGGCCUUGUCGAGGGCAUUGCCGACUGGGUGCGCUUGAGAUGUGACCUGGCGCCGCCGCACUGGGACAGCAAAAAGCCAGGCACCAGGUGGGACGGCGGAUAUCAACACACGGCUUAUUUCCUUGCCUACUUGGAGAAAAGAUUUGGUGAAGAGACUGUGCGGAAAAUCAAUGAGACCCUGAGGACAACCAGGUACGAGGAAAAGUCCUUUUGGACCGGGCAGCUGGGCAGACCAGUGGAGCAGCUUUUCGAGGACUACACGAGUGAACUGAAGAAAGAAGGCAAUGUUACUGAGAGCGCUGAGAAGCGAGGAAAACAGGAGAACAAGGUUGACGAGGGUACGCAGACCUAG